UUGCUGGGUCUAUUGCGAAGUGUCAUGAAAAGCUUGUACUAGUUGGUCUGCCAGAUAAGAUUGAUCUGUCUGCCUUAUCAUGAAAAAUGUUAAGACAACCAAUUCUAAUUACAUGAUAGAAUAUCCUGACAUCUACGUUCUGAUAUUUGGGUUCUCAUUAAAAGAACACUGGGGAGAGAAAAGAGGCUUGAGCGAGCGACUUAACAGGCAUUUAACGUCCGAAAAUAGCCAGUCCCCCCGGAGCGGUAGCUCCAAGAUACAGAGCAGAGCCGACAGAGGGCACGCGCUCAGCUGUACGACUGUGUGGGGGUGCCGUUAUCGAGAUCUCCGGUGGAGGUGCCGCUGCUGCUCGUUACAGACAUCAGACAAUUUCAUCAGAUUCGAUUGUGACUUAACCUUUGACGAACCUUCUGAAACAUGGACGCUGCACUCUGUUGCUUUGCUUCAUCCAACUCCAAUUAGGGAAGUCAUGGGCCAAAAAGUCCAAUUUAGCUACCCAGGGCCUGGUCUUAACAAAUGGCAGGCACUACUACUGCAGUUAUGGUUUGUCUUGUGCUAGAGAUGAGGAAAAUCUUUUUCAAAUAGUAUUCCGGAAAAUUAGGAUGUCAUUAUCAAGGUUAAUAAUAAAAAGAUUUAAAUAGU